ACACAACCAAUAACAAAGCUUUUGAGUUAGAUUGUGUCAAAUCAAAUAGAAAUGUCAAAUGUUACGUAAAUGUAAUUGAAAUCAGACUGAUUACUUUUGCACUUGCUGCGAUAUAUCGAUUUGGUCUUAAUUUUAUAAAUUAUUUACAAAGUUACGAUGGCUGGUGACAAGGCAGUGUCGACCGCGAGCAAGCCCCAGUUGCGUGGCCUCCUGACUGCGUCCAUCAGACGUAAUUUGAUCGUAGCCAUAUCGCUUAGUGCCGUCGCUGCUUUCUCUUUCAAACAAAUCGUUGGCAAUGAGCGCAAGAGGAAAUACGCCGAAUUUUACAGGACAUACGACGCCGAGAAGGAAUUCGAAGAGAUGAGGAAGAAGGGUCUAUUCCAGUCCUGUUGAACAGCGACGCAUGUAGUGUAGUAUUAUUUUUAUUUUGCUGUGAAUAAUGUUAUACGAUAUAUAUGCAAUAAAAUGUACUAUUAUUGUUUUAA